AUGGAUAAUUCCAAUCAUUUCUUGGGAGAUGAUUUCAAUGGAAUUGACCUUUCAAAAUUGACGAUCAAAUCGAGAUUCGAUCAGACCAUAUCGAGAAGUAGUUCUGCACCACCCGUCUUACCGGAGGAUGAGUUUCCACAGUAUAGCGGAGAGGUAAUCUCACCACAGGAUCCACGUCUCGACAUCCAAUACUAUAACUACUACUAUUCACAGAGACCAUUGGAUCCUAGAUUACCACCUCCUCUCAUCUCUCCAUAUCAAGCCUAUUUCAACAAGAAAAUAAAUGAUGAACCAUUUCAAAUGCAACAGAUGCAACAUCAACAACAUCAACAUCCACAACAUCAUCAACAACAACAACAACAACAACAACAUUAUCAACAUCAACACCAGCAGCAUCAACAUCAACAUCAACAACACCAUCCACAGCCAAUGAAUAAGCAGCAGCAGCAACAGCAUCAACAACAACAGCAGCAUCAACAACAACAGCAGCAAGAGCAUGAUUUCCCAGAGUUGAAUGCUCUUCAAGAGAAAGAGAUGUCAUUGAAGAAACCUCUGCCCUCUCAUGCAAUAGGGCCAACCAGUAUCUUGAGACAGCAGUCACCCGAUAUCGUGUUGAACAACUCGCCUUCAUCGGUGGAUUCGAUUUCACUCGAGGGCAAACCAAAAUCAUUGGUCGACAUGAUUCAACAAGAUUUCCCACGUACACCAUCGCCAGUCUACCAAAAGACAGCACUCGAUCCAAAAUCACACCAACGUCGCCGUUCACAAGCUACCAUCGAAGAGAACUCUCCUCCAUCCGCUCAUGGAUUGUCCUCGAAAUCCUUCCCACAAAUUAGUGAACCAUCACUAAACGAUCCUCAAUUUGAAUUAAACGGUAGAGAUCAUCAUAGUCAUCAUGAUGAUUAUAAUAGCAAUGAUGAUGAAACUUCACAGAAUUAUGGAUAUCCAUAUGGUAUGUCCACCGGUGGCGUAAUGGUUCCACAUAUGUAUCCACCACCUCAGAUGAUGGGUAAUGUAUCGAUGAAUCCAAUGGUUGCAGUGAUGGGAUAUCCAUCGAAAGAUUCUAGACGUGGACAGAAUAUUGUUACUCAAAAUGGAUCAAGUUCAAAGAGAGGUCCACAACAGAUGCAACAUCAACAACAACAACAACACUAUCAACAACAGCAGCAACAACAACAACAAUAUUAUCAACCACAACAACAACAACACAUGAAGAACGAUCCUCAACAACAACAACAAUAUCUUCAACAAUCGAGAAUGCAAAAUCAAUACCAACAACAACAACAGCAGUCACAACAACAACCACCGAUGUUGCCAAGUAGCUACCUGAAUAGCAACAACAAUAACAAUAACUCACGCGAUUACUACCAGCAGGGUAUGAAUUUGAACAUGAAUAUGAAUAUGAACGAUCAACAGAAGCUAUACAACCAACAGCAACAACUCUCAUCGAUGCGACCCAUUCGCCCCAAUGAAGACAUCAAGGAAUUCCAACCAAAACGAAAGCCAAACAUUACCUCACCAAAUACACCAUCGCCAGUUAUCAAUGCUUCAAAUAGUCCGAGUUAUAAUCAAUAUGGAAUUCCAACAUCACAACAACAACAACCACAACAACAACAACAAUUUAUGAAACAACAACACCAUCCAAACAAUGUGAAUAGUCAAAACAAUCACCAACAACAACACCACAACAACUUCAACAACAACAAUCACCAUCAUCACCCAGAGGACAUGUCAGCUCCAACCAAUGUCAAUAAUAAUAAUAACAACCAACAGACUCAAGUAUCACCACCAUAUAAUACAAAUCAACAAUCACCACAACAACAACAACAACAACAACCAUCAUCAGCACAACAACAUGGUAACAACAACAACAAUAGCAAUGGCAAUAACAAUAGUAAUAGUAGUAGCAGUGCUUCGUCUACCUCUAGAUCCCAGUUGCUCGAAGACUUCCGUGCACAGAAAAUGAAGCUUGAGCUCAGCGACAUCAAAGGUCAUAUAGCCGAGUUUAGCAAAGAUCAAGUUGGAUCGCGUAUCAUUCAACAAAAGAUAGAGUCGGCCGGUCUAGAAGACAAGCAACUCGUCUUUGACGAAGUGAUAUACGCCGUGCAUUCACUGAUGACCGACGUCUUUGGAAACUAUGUUCUACAAAAGUUCUUUGAGCACGGAACCGCCGACCAGAAGCGCACCCUUGCCGACAAACUCAAGGGACACAUCCUGCCAUUGGCACUCCAGAUUAACGUCAUUGAGAAGUGCGUACAGUACGGUAACACCAACGAGAGAGCAAUCAUCAUCAACGAAAUAUUGGGUGAUCCAAGUGCUGGAUCAAACGUAAUGCUCAAGGUCCUGAAAGACCCAUACGCAAACUAUGUAAUCCAAAAAAUAUUGGAUAUCGUCGAUAACUCUCAGCGUGAUUUAAUUAUCAACCGUAUUCAACCGUAUAUUCAAACUCUCAAGAAAGUAACCUAUGGAAAACAUAUAAUAUCGAGAAUUGAGAAAAUGGCAACACCAACCAAUAAUCAGAAUAUUUAUAAUUAA